AAAAAAAAGAAUUUAUUAUUAAGUUUUCUUUUUUGUUAAGAAAAAACUUGAAAAUCGUGAAUAUGCAUCACCAGAUGAAUUUGCUGCUGAUGUUAGACUUAUAUUUAGCAAUUGUUAUCUUUAUAAUGGACCUAAUACAGAUGUUGUAGCUAUGUGCAAAAAAGUUGAGCAAAUGUUUGAAAAUAAAUAUGCUAAAUUACCCGAUGAACCACAAACACCAACUCUUGACAUAGAUCCAUCAUCAGUUAAUACUAUACGUAAUAAUGGUCCAAUACCAUCAUCAACACGAAAACGUAGUCGUAAUCCAUCAAAAAAUCAUAAUAAUAUAAUAAAUAGUAGUAGUAAUAAUAAUAUACCACCAACAUCAAUGAUAAUAAGUUCUGAUGAUGAUGGAUCAACAGAUGAAAGUUCAAAUGAUGAAAUGCAAAUGAAUGAUGAAAAUACUUUACGACAAUUACGUAUUCUUCAAGAUCAAGUAAAUUAUUAUUUUCUUUUUUUUUUUUUU